AUGGAAGACAAAUUCGAACAGUCCAUCAAUAACACUGCGACUGAAAUGUUCGAAACUGCUCUUGGUGAACAAGGUGAAAGCAUUGCCGAACAUGUUGAUGAAGCCGUGAAAGAAAUCAUUAAAGAUACAAAAGAGGUUAUAGAUGAUUCUAUAGGAAGUGAUAUGCUUGCAGAAUCCACUAUCCAGGAGAUUGAAAUACCACAGAAGCCGUCUCUUAAGGAUGCCGUUCUCAAAUUUGUCAAACCAACAGUGGAUCCAUUCAGUGAUACCACUACCAAUACCACUUCUGGAAGCAGCACCAAUUCGACCCCCUUGAAGAAUUCCAAGACAAUAGCUCAUGUGCCAAUCCAACCUUCAGGCUUGAGACAGACUUUCAGUGCUGGCCAACUUGAUAGUUCCAAUACUGGUGAAGAGUCCACAAGCGUACUGAGUGAGUCCACAAGCGUUCAACAAGCAGGUGAUGUCACCAGCUAUGAUUACAACAAUGAGGGUGAAAAUACAUUGGAUUAUCCUAUCUCUGAUGAAGCUUCUGAUAAUCAAACCCUGGACAACAAUCAACAUCAACAUGUGACUGAUGAGGAGGAACAGACGCCAAAGAAACGUAUGAGAGAAGAAGACCCUGUUGCAAAGGAAACAAAAACUCCAUACAAAAGAACAAAAAACUCUGAAACAGGCGAUUCAUCAGGAUCUAAACUAGGACAAGUACCUGAUUUCAAGGAUCAUAUUAUUAUAAAAACUAGAACUGGACGCAUUCUUGAUGCCCAUACUAGUGAGGAGAUCACCGAAGCUAAAAUGAUUGACGAACGAGAGGAACGCAUUAUCGAAGAUAUCGCUCAUGGUGAACUAAAGGCUUCAAGCGUUGUUAGUGAUAUUGCUGAGGUUGCUGACUACGUUGAGAACCAUAACUCUCCUCAGCACAGCCAUCAUGUGGAGCGUAAAUAUGAUGAUGUCCCGGUAGGGACAAAUGCUCUAGAGGAGAAGCAAAAUGUUCUUACAGGAGCUGGAGACGCUGUUCCAAGAUCUUUUGACAAUGAUUCUACGGAAGAUGAAAGCUCACUCUCUAACCUUGACCCAAGAGUUGAGGAUACUUCGGUUUCUCAUGAUGAGCAAACAACUCUUGAAACGAAUGAUGGUUUUGCUGACAUCACUGAUACUCACUCUGUUGCUGCUGAUGACAAAGAUGCAACAACCUCUCUCGAUGUUGAUGAUAUUCUGAAAGUUGAUGUUGGCACUCGUCCACGUACGAGGCACAGCAUUAAACUUGCUGCUGGACUUGAACCCCAAGUUACAUCAACUACCUCCACCAGAGGUGGUGGUCGUGGACGUGCGUCUUCAAGAGGUCAUACAGCAGCCAGAGCACGAGGCUCAACAAGAGCAGCAACCGUUAGAGGCCGUAUUACUAAGCCGAAAAGCAAACGGGGUACUCGUCGGAGUAAGACAGGAUGA